CAACAGACCUGGUCAGAUCCCCCCCCCCCUCAUCUUGCUGCAUGUUUGCUAAACCCUGGACCCUGCAUUCACUAUAUCUGAUCUCCCAGGACCCUGCAUUCACUAUAUCUGAUCUCCCAGGACCCUGCAUUCACUAUAUCUGGUCUCCCCGGACCCUGCAUUCACUAUAUCUGAUCUCCCAGGACCCUGCAUUCACUAUAUCUGGUCUCCCCGGACCCUGCAUUCACUAUAUCUGGUCUCCCUGGACCCUGCAUUCACUAUAUCUGGUCUCCCCGGACCCUGCAUUCACUAUAUCUGGUCUCCCAGACCCUGCAUUCACUAUAUCUGGUCUCCCCGGACCCUACAUUCACUAUAUCUGGUCUCCCAGGACCCUCAUUCACUAUAUCUGGUCUCCCACAGUACACAUAACAUAG